AUGCCGUGGACGGUGACCAAUUCAUUUAAGCGAGGCCUGAUGAAAACUUACGGAAGACCAACAUGGCGCGUCUAUGACGAUGAACGAGCGGCCAAGAAGAGACGCGUUCAAGAUGAGUCUGAUGAGGUCGAGGCUGAAACAAACCUUCAAUAUGCCAUUCGCGAGUCAUCUGCCGCCGUCUUGUCUAGUCCAUCGCGCCGUAACUCUGUCGUCUUAUCUGAAGGCACCCUAGAUGAUAUCGACGACCUCACUACACCACCCUCCUCGCCACCACCCCGGCUCACUCCCCCGCCUGCCAAUACGCGCAAACCAACCUUUGCAUUUCUCAAGCGCAAACAUAAAGAUGUCGCCGGGUCACCCUUGACAGAGGUGAACUCCAAUAGUGUGCGCUCAUCCGUGGAUCCGCCCAAGCAGCAGAAGACUCAGCCCAAGCCCCAGGCUCCCUUGCGCCAGAUGCAGAUUGAUCUGGGAAAUGAAGUGCGCAAAACAUGUGCUACUUGUGGUAUGGAAUAUAUCCCGUCCAAUACGGAGGACGCGGCCCUGCAUAAAAAGUUUCAUGAGAUGAACUCUACGGGGGUGGAUCUGGGUAAGGCCUUUAUGCGCGCAAAUGCGUCGCGUUGGGUCUACGAAGCGACGCGAUUCGAUGAAGGUUACGUGGUGAUUGUGGAUCGCAAGGCUUCCCCGAGUGCGAAGAAUCAGGCGAAGAAGGUGUUGGAAGUGGUCAAUAAAGAACUCUCAUCUCCUGAGAUCGACGAUGAGGUCCUCUGGGGUCAAACGGAACCUCCGAAACAUCUCCAGCAUGAUAAUGAAGAAAAGGUCGAUCGAUACCGGGUUUUCCUACAUAUGAAAGAUAGUCGCUGUGUGGGACUAUGCUUGACGGAACGCAUUUGGGAAUCUCGACCCGUGAUCAAUGGCGAACAGAAUGGCACUACUCAUAACUCGUCAGUCUCAGUGAAAGAUGAACUUCAUCCGGCAAUUGUCGGAGUGUCGCGGAUCUGGACUUCUGGUGCAUCUCGACGAAAGGGUAUUGCCCUUGAUCUACUUGACUGUGUGGUCAGCAAUUUUAUCUAUGGCAUGGAGAUCUCAAAGGCUCAAAUUGCAUUCAGUCAACCUACUGAGAGUGGGAAACGACUAGCAUCCAAGUUUUUUGAAGAGGAGGAGACAUGGCAUGUGUACAACGAGCGGUGA